AUGGCGAGUGUUGUUUUUCAAUUGAUUAGAGAUCUGGAAAAUGUGCUAGCCAAAGCAGGAGCCAGUGUCCUAAGGCACAGGCAACACUGUCAUGUUGAAUAUAAGGGUCACAGUUGCAAUCUUAGAGAUAUCGAAAAGGCAUUUUUACAGAUCGUGUUAGCUGAAAAAGAUCGAGAUGCAGUUAGAUUUUUAUUUGUUAAGAAUAUUGAUACACCUUUGCAGAAUACCGACGAUCAGCUAGAAGUGUAUAGAUUUAAGCGUGUGCUCUUUGGUGUUAAUUCCAGUCCUUUUUUGUUAGCGGCAACUAUAAAGCUGCAUAUCCAAAAGUACAGAAAUGUGUAUCCCGAUACCUUUCAAAUUCUUGAUACAUGCAUGUAUGUUGAUGAUCUUGUUACAGGAGCAGAUGAUGUAUCAGAAGCCUUAAAAACUUCAAGGGAAGUAAAGGAAAUUAUGCGUGGAGCUGGGAUGAAUUUACGCAAAUGGGUGACGAAUGAUUAUCAUUUAGCUAAAAAAUGGGAAGAAGAAAAUUUUGAUAUUCAUCCCCUAAGCUCAAAUGAAAGGAUACUGAAGAUAUUAAGAAUUCAAUCGAACAUUCAGGAAGAUAGUUUGAGUAUAGAGACUUCAUGUUUGACGGAAAUUUCGAGGAGAAAGAAAAGUACCAAACGCUUAAUCCUCCAAACAGCUGGAAAAAUAUAUGAUCCUCUUGGACUCAUCACACCAUUCACUGUUAGAAUAAAACUUUUACUACAAAAGCUAUGGUUACGUAAAUUACCAUGGGAUGAAGAGCUUCCUUCUGAUUUGAACGACGAGUGGUCUCAUCAAAAGUUGUAUGGUGCAGCCGUUUACGUAAAGGUACAGAAUGAAGAAAAAAUUUCUGUGAAUUUGCUGGCUUCCAAGAGCAGAGUUUCACCUGUCAAAAAAGUUUCCUUGCCUCGACUUGAAUUGCUGGGUGCACUGAUUGCUGCAAGAUUGGGAACGGAAGUUAAAAAAGUUUUAGAUCGUAAAGAUUCAUCUAAUAUCUUUUUUUGGAGUGAUUCUAAAGUUACACUGUAUUGGAUCAAAGGAUCAAGCAGGAGAUGGAAGUCUUUCGUUCAAAAUCGCGUCGACGAGAUUCAGAAGUUGACUAAUCCAGAUUCAUGGUUUUAUUGUUCAACCAAAGACAAUCCAGCCGAUCUUCUAACGCGUGGAGUUAGUUCCUCUUCUCUAGUGAACAAUUCUAAGUGGUGGACUUGUGCAGAAUUUUUUACAGAGCCGCAUCUUCCCUACAAGUGCUUACAACCAAUAGUUCCAGAGGUUGAGAACCUAACACCAAAUGAAAGGGAGUCCUUUGUGCAAGAAAGCAAAAGUUCUAGUGACAUUAAUGACAUUUCUGAGAGAACUAUGUUGAUUGACAUGAACUCUAACGUUUUAGACGAACUCUUGAAUAUUAAUUUAUUUGUAAUUGCAGGAAUGGUGAAUCAAGAAAGGUAG